AUUCUUCUUUGCAUUGUCUUGCUUUAUAUAAUUAACACCCUUCCACUUCCACUUCUAUGCCUCUCUACCUUUCUUAAAAUAAUAACAGUUAUUCAAUAGUCCAACUCAUCAUCGUCAAAUGAAGCUGAGUGACGAAAUAAUGAAGUUGAUGAUUCUAAAUGUGAACUUGCAUGAUGAGAAAGCAAAGCAGAAGGCCAUGAAAGUGGUUUCUAGCAUUAAAGGAAUUGAGUCAAUAGCGAUGGAGAUGAAGGAGAAGAAAAUGACGGUGGUUGGUGAUUUUGACGCAGUGAAAGUGGUAAUCACAUUAAGAAAGGUAUGUCACACAGAUAUAGUGUCACUUGGACCGACAAAUAAUAAGAAGGAUGAGGGCAGUAAUGAAAAAGGGAAGAAAGAUGGUGAUGACAAGAAUAACAAGGACGAUGAUUCAAUUGCGGAGCUUGUUAAGCUAUACAAAACCUACAAUCCCCACAUGACCAUGUACUAUAACGUUCGAAGUCUCGAAGACAAUCCAAAUGCUUGUAUCAUUCUUUAACUUUCCAGCUGGCUGCUCUUUAAUAAUUUGUAGGUAGCUUCUCUAUAUGCAUGGAGUAAUAAUUUAUAAUUAAAUCAAAGAUUUAUAGUAAUUUACUAGACAAAU